AUGGCCUUAAUGAAGUCAAAUCGAAAUGAAUACAUUUUUACUGAAAAUGGUUUUAUAUAUUUAUUUGACAAACUAAGUUCUGAUUCGCUUAAAAAAUUUUGGCGCUGUAAAUACAAACGUGAGUGCAAGGCACGCGUUCAUACAGGAAUUGAUAGUUUAGAAGUACUGAAACGCAUUAAUGAACACACUCAUGAUUCGGAGGCUGCAAAAGUCGAGGCGAUGGUUGGCAUUAAUCGUUUGAAAAAUAGAGCGGCUGAAACUAUGGAACCAACAUCAACUGUAAUCAACGAAUGUAUUUCUGGAUUAUCAGAAGCGGCUAAGGGUGCAAUUUCAUCAAGUCAAGCAUUGAAAAAAGUAGUACGACGGAAACGAAAAGAAAUUCAAGCAUCACCAAAUGCACCACAAGAUCUACUAACUUUGGAAAUACCAGAUUCCUUUAAAGUGUACUCACCAUCAACAGGUUUGAUUGAACCAUUUUUACUUGACGAUAGUGGACCAGGCGUCGAUCGUAUUUUAAUUUUUGGAAGAAACCGUAGUUUAGACAUUUUAUACAAUUCAAAAGUUUGGUACUGUGAUGGAACGUUUAAAAUCGCUCCAGCUAUUUUUUCUCAAGUUUUUGUGAUACUUGCUGAAGCUUUGGGUGGUGUACAUCCACUUAUAUACGCUUUAUUGCCAAACAAACAAGAAAAAACGUACACUCAUUUAUUUAAAAUGUUAAACCAAUUAAAGCCAGGAUUAAACCCGACUUCAAUAUCUUGUGAUUUUGAGCAAGCAAUACUAAAAUCUAUAAAAACUGAAUAUCCUAAUACUGAAAUUUAUGGUUGUCUUUAUCAUUUUUCCAAAAAUGUUUAUAAAAAAUUAUGUGACCUAGGGAUUGUGUCAAAUUAUCGAAAUAAUUCUGAUUUUUCAAUCUUUGUGAAAAUGGUUGUAGCAUUGACAUUUAUUCCAAUUAAUGAUAUUGAUUUGGCAAUUGAAUCGUUGUCGGGAUACUUACCAGACGAAUUACAGCCCUUACUAGACUGGUUUGAAGACAAUUAUGUUGGACGAAUUAAUAGAAAUCGAAGAGGUCGUCGAUUACCUUUAUUUCCUCCUAAUAUUUGGAGUAUGUAUAACAGAGUUUUGAAUGGAAAAAACAGAACCAACAAUCACGCCGAAGCUGCUAAUCGAAGACUAAACAUGGAGAUGGGCGUUAACCAUCCAAGUUUGUGGUCUUUUAUAACGUGUCUUCAAAAAGUUCAGUCAGGUAGAGACUUUUAUUAUAGUCAAUUAGAAGCAGGAAAUAGUCCCCCUAAAAAAUUAAAAAAAUAUAUUGAUGUUGAUAAGAGAAUUUUAAAAAUUGUUCAAAAUUAUGAACAAAGUGAAAUUUUAACAUUUUUGAGAGGGAUAGCCCAAAUAUUUCAGUACAUAAACAUUAAUUUGAAAUCGAUGUAA